AUUGGCAACAGACGAUAGACAAAUAUUGCAUCAACAUCCAAUAUGAAGCGGAAGCGACGCUACGAUUGGUCCACAAUGCAUUUCAAUGCAGCGAAAUGUCAUUUGGCGAUAAUUUCAAGGAAUACUUCUUUCAAGCAUCGAUUGAACGGAUCACCAAAGCGUACGAAGUAUUCCUGAAUAAAGCCAAGUUGGAAAAGCAGUUCGUUGAAGUUUCCGGCCAAAAUGCUCCGCCAAAUUACAAUUUGGAGACAAACAAGACGACCACGGUUGCAAGCGGUGAAACUGUGAUCAACGGAUCGUGUAGCUGUCAUCUUCCAGAGCUUGGAACUGCUCAUUCGACGUACGAAAUAGCACACGGCAAUGGAAUAGGAGAUGGGAGCGCUAUUUGUGUAACAAUCAUCAUAUCGAAUCAGCCAGCGAUCGAUCCAAAGACAAGCCAAGAGGUCAAUGUACUCGUCAAUCGCACGGAAUCGAAUGGGGCCCUGGAUAAGACAGAAUCAAUGCCAACCACAACGAACGGAAUUGACGUGAGUGAAGAAAAUAAUGGAAAUGACGCAUCGAACAAAGGAACAACGAGCAAUUCAAUGACGACAGACGAAGCAAUUCCAGCCAACGGUGAAUUGAACGAAAUUAACGCAAUGGAUGCUCAAGAAGGCGAACCGAUUCACGUCGAUCUACCAAAUGAUACGACCGAUAACAACAUCGAUUUGAUUGCUGACAAUACCGUGAAACCGUCAGAAAACAAUGGAAACGAAGCCCAGGAAGUGACUACGAAUCAACCAGCGACUGAACCGAUUGACGAAGUGAAGAACCAAGAGAUGAAUGAAGUGACCGAUCGUUCAAGUUGAAGUAAUUCAUAUUAAUAUAGAGAACGAUACGAUUGUUGGUGAUUUGACUCAUGAAACUGCCGCAGCAUCUCUGGAAAAAAUUAGCAAGCAAAUCAACCAACGAAUCAAGACAACGAAUCAACGGCGAAAGAGAAAAAUUGCAGACGCAUCGACAUCGAAUGGCAAUUCAAAGAAGAGACGGAAGACUGCGCGACGUUCGACACUGAAAACCAUUCCAGAAUCGACUUCAGAAUCACCAUUGAUUGAUCUGACAUUCGAUGAUGCAGAGAGGUCUCAACAGUCAAACAACGUGGAUACUCAAUUGAGUGAACAAAGUGAAACCAAUUCAAAUGGUGCUGAUCAACAGAAUGAAUCGACAUCGAAAGGGAAAUCCAGAACAAAAUGUGAGUUUUGUAAUUAUGUAUCAUGGCCAUCACAUCUGAUAAUACACAGACGCAUCCACACUGGCGAGAAACCAUUUCAAUGCAAGAUUUGUGCGAAAGGAUUUACUCAAAAGGCGCAUCUGAAAGGGCACAUGAUAACUCACGCAAAUCAGUUCCCGUUCCAUUGCUCGAUUUGUCGACAAGGAUUCCAGGUGAAACGGGCAAAGGAGAUGCACGAGAAGAAAUGCAAUCCACGGCGAUUUGAAUGUUACUUGUGCAAAUAUGAUACAUUAAACAAAAUAAACAUAGUCCGACAUAUGCGCAUUCAUACCGGUGAAUUGCCUUUUAAAUGCAACAUUUGUGCGAAAGGAUUUACUAUGAAGCAAAAUCUGAAAAGUCACAUGAAAUCUCACGCAAAACAAUUCCCAUUCCAUUGCUCGAUUCGUCGACAAGGAUUCACAGUGAAGCGGACAAAGGAGACGCACGAGAAAAACUGCAAUCCACGUCGGUAUGAAUGUUACUUGUGCAAAUAUGCUACAUUCAACAAAACACACUUAGUUGAUCAUAUGUGCAUUCAUACCGGAGCCAGAUCAUUCCGAUGUUCUCAUUGUGCGAAACGAUUCGCCAAAAAAUCUGAUUUAGAAUCAAGUUCAAGAAAUUUUCACUGUUGAAGAACGGCUGGAGAUUGAAACCAA